CCUACCUUGACAACCAUGCAGCUGAAGAAAUGCUCAUUAAUCACAUCCUUCCUGGUUCAAAGUUGCUCAUUCUGAAAAGUUUCAAAACGAUUUUGUGCUGCAUCUCGCGGAACUUUUGAACAGUGUUGAAAACGCUAUUCAUGAAUUGGUUGCCGGGCCUAUGAUCAACUCUACAACGUCAACGGGAAAUUUUCCAUGAAAACACCGAGUGCUCAAACAUGACAACACAGACGCAGUAUUCAAAAAUCUCACUCACACUCAUUGAGCGUGGGAUAUAUAUUUUGUUAAUGCUGGUCAAUGAGAAAGUUCUUUCUGAAUAGGUGGAAAGAAGUAUAAGGUAGCUAAAACACUGAAAAUCAAAACACUAUUCGACUGGAAAUACCGCCAUGGAAACGUUUUGAGAAGUUUAAGAUCUCCCACUCAAUGAGUUUGAGUGUGAAUGAGGUUUUAGAAUACAAGCGUGAGUGUUCAAGACAAAAGAAACGUUAGACAGAUGUCUAUCGCAGGUGUGAAAGUGACCAAGACGCCAUCUAAAGGCCCGUUCACACCAUCCAACUUUGUUGGAUCCAAUUCACUUCUGACGUAUGAAAUGUAGUACUACAUUUCAUGUGCUCGCAUGCGCUCGUGCGCAUGCCCAAUUACUGACGUCACAGAGACGAUGGUCGAUAUAUCUGGCGUUCGCUAAACCAAUUGUUCAAAAGACGGUCUUUAAACAAUGAAAAUUACUUCAAACGUCUUUAAAUAUUUACAUUUGGAUAAAACAUACUGCUUGUUAAGUGGACGAAGUAUUCAAGUUAUCCUGGAGUUAUUCAAAUGCUUAGAUAUCCACAGAGAAUUGCAACUAAACGAUGUCCAAUUCUGGGCAUUUAUGAGUUCUUCAACGGAUUUAACAAAAUCGCAAAUUUACAAAGUCUUUGAUAUGUUAGACGUUGAUUGCUCCGGGACAUUAGAUUUUGAUGAAUUCUAUUUAUUAGUUUGUAUACUGAUUGCCGUACAAGAUAAUGACGAGAAACAUUUUAUAUAUCGUCAUUCAAGAACGGUGUUUGAUUUAUUGGACGAGGAUUCCAGUGGAAAUAUUUCUUGCGAUGAGUUUGAAAAAUUUGGGUUUCUUUUUAAUCUACAAGGGGAAGCGAUGAGGACAAUAUUUUCCGAGUUUGAUGUGUCAGGAGACCAUGAAUUAGAUUAUUCUGAAUUCAAGAUGUUCGCUAUGGCAUGUAUUGACAGACAAACGGAGAUGGAAGCACGAAACUCAUCCGCAGUAUCGGGACCUGCUUGCAGGAUACUUUAAAAUGUGUUUGACGUACU